GUCAGUUGUCAAGGAAGCGCGUCGAUGGUUACCGACAUGGCGUAACUGUUUCAGCGGUAGCGAACGACGAUAAAUUCUUACCUCUGCCUGCUUUAAUUUAAAACAAUGCCAAGAUAGUUAUGCACUCUGGCUGGGUCUAGAUGAAUCAAGUAUCAAACUACAGGAAGUUAUAAAGUCAGUUAAUUUGCGCUGUAUUUAGCUGUCGCACUGGCUGGCCAGUCUUCACUCUCAUUCUUCAGAGCACCAAUAUUUUACCAAAGCAGAUAAAUUCUGGUUUUGCCAGCUAUGUUAUUGCGUGCUCGUUCCGACAUUAAUAGGAUGCAGCUUUUGUUGUAUGGAUGAGAACUGUGGUGUGUUGAGACCUGUCAUCAGCUUGUCGUCUUGAUAUUAGGGAUGCCAGUCCUGGAGGACACACUUUACUACUCGAACAUUAGAUCAGGUUUACAUGGAGAGACUGAAAAUGAAAGGGAGGUGCUGGUACAAGAACAGAGGUACUGUCGAGCUCGGGCUCGCAAGCUUUCCCUGGAAACUAAUCGCAGACGAAGGGCUCUAGAGGAGAGAAGGAAACAGUGGGAUGUUCAGGAGCAGAGAUUGAGGGAGAAUAUUCUACAGCAGCGCCAUCAGAGGGUCCAGAAUGCCACAGAGAACUUCCAAAGAGCUCACCUCUCUCCAUCCCAAAGGAAAAGACCAGCAGCCUUUAAGAGAACACCACCCAACCUUGAUGAAGCGCUUCAUCAUAUUCAAGGCAGUCCACUCUUAUAUACUCAUCAAUCUCAAUUUUUGUCCAGUGCCUCCACUACUAGCAGGAGCAGCACUUCUUCCCCAAAGCCUUCAGGGGGCGCCCGUCACCUACAUGCCUUAUCUGCAGCUGAGGCCUACACCAAACUCCUGCACGAGAACAGCCUGACUAACUUCAGGAACAACCAGCCGUUCUUCCUCAAUGAGCAGCAGGAGACACAGACUGUUCUGAAAGAAAAAGAGCAGGCUGAUCCACAGGAGUAUCUUGAUACCCCACAUAGUGAGACAGAGAGUCUGUCUAGUCUGGACAGCUUAGAGAAUGGAGAACCUCAGAAGAGCCUUGACACUGCGCCGGUUUGUUGCUCCCGGCAGAGCGCCACCUGUGCCCAGUCUUUCUACCUCGCUGUGGAUCCUUCUAAGCUCCAAGACCUCAAAAGUCUUCAAUCAACAUUGAGACAGUCCAACAACCCAUGUUCACCAACUCACCCCUCCUCUUCCAUAGCCAAGAGUUUCCUGGAGGAGAUCUUAAACCAGGAAAUCAAACUCAGUCCCAGCUCACACUCACCAAGGGAUCAUGAGUCAGCAGAGGAAAGCAGGAGUCUCCGGAAUAUCACGCAAGAAAGAUUUGAUAACUCGAAGGACCAAUCACAGAACUUUAACGCCCAGUCUACUCUUGGUUGCCAAAAAGAGAUGACUCAGGAGGACUUAGCAGCUAAUUUAGAGCGUAUAAUAACUCAUGACAAUGACAGGAACCCUCAAGGGAACAUUUUGAAAGACAAAAGAUCUGUGGUUGCCCACUGCAGAGCACAAGCUGUGCCAGAUACCACACCCCAGAAAUUCUCAAGUCUGACUAAAGACUUCAAGUCAGAAUCCAAACAGCAGACAACAACCCUGGAGGAGAAAUAUGCUAAACAUGUUUCAGAAACACAGACAACUCUUCCAGCCAGCAGCAGUUCAUUCAAAGCCUUUUCAAGCUCCGCUGCCCAUCUUAGCAUAACUUAUCAGACUGACCCAAGUUCCCUAAACAUGCAACCAGCAGAAACACUGAGUUCUUCACAGUUGCAUAAACCCAAUCCAGAUGUAGAUGAUGCCACAGGGCUCAAGAGAGAAUCCAAACCCCUGAGCAUGGAGGAGAGUACAAGCAUACAUCCUUCAGAUCCUAAAAAUGAAACGGAUGUCACCAAAUUGGCAAAGGCUGGUAUGUUGAAAAGCGUCUGCACAUCUGCAGACCCCAUGACCCACUCUGCUACUAACAACAAUGUCAGAUUCCUGAAAGGGAUUCUUAAAAAUCAUUUAAAGUCCAAAUCAGGAAAUGUCAAAUUCACUUACACCCCUGGCCAUUUGCUUUUCACCAAAGAAGUGGCUAUAUUAAUCCGGGACAGCGUGGAGCUGGCCAGGGCAAAACUCAAUGAGCCAGAGCAGAAUAGGACUAUUAAGAAGAAACUACGUUGGUUUGAUGAGGUGGAUGGAGUUGAGGGGGUUGACCGAGCAUGUAGAGACCCCGGCAGGCGUACUAGCCUUCCUCAACAAACCCGUAAACAGCUCUUGGCGGAUCACUCGGACCAUGUGAAUUUACUCACAGGGGUAUCAAAAAACAUUUCCAGUAAAACCUCUGCUGGGCCCCAAUCCUCUAGACAGGCCUGGGCAGAGGUAGGGCCCCAAGAAAUCCGUACACAGGAGCACACCUCUCAAAGACGAGCCCUCUGCAUUGGGGGCUCGCGGAUUCCCCGGAGAGCACGCUCAGCCAGAGCCGGCCCGUGUCCCGUUACCUCCCGGGCCAGGAAGGGCACUAUCAUCAGACCGCAAUCUGCUAGGGAAGCGCAACAUGUGGCCAAGACCCAGGGGAAGAUUUUGGUGCCUCGGCCCCCUCCAAAACCUGAAGCUGUAGAGUGUGACUUAGCUGAGUACAUCUCCAAAGCAUCCUGCUGUGAUGAUGCUGUACAAAUCAGAACAGGUCUGCAGGAUUUGGCCCUAUACAGAGAUACUCCAGAUAGCCAGACAAUAGUUCAUCGGCCUACCCUCAGAGCAGAUACUAUCUGUGCUCCAGCUCCACCUUACUCUACCUGCACCCACGAGACAGGCAUCUGUUCCCUCUCCCCUCCAGAUGCCCUUGCAGACAGUGCCAGACGCAGGUGUGGAGAAAAUGGGAUCUGUUUGGACCGGACUCCAACAGAUGAGGAGAUCUCACUGCUGUGGCAUGGAGUCCGAAGUGCUCUCGCCAGCAAAGAUGGUGACCCUCAAAGUUUUCUUGCUCACAAUGGCCCGUUGUCUUCUUCUCCUCAAGUCAGUGCCAGCCUGUCCCAUGUUACCAUCAAUGGUGAUAGUCUGAUCAGUGGUGUCAAAGGAGCCUCAAGAAUGGGUGGCUUUUUCUUGUCUUCCUCUAAUGGCAAAGAGGCUAUAGUCAAAAGUCCAAUAAGAAGACAGGCUAUGGAGAGUAACAUGGUGAAGAACCGAUUUUCAGUAGAAAUCGGCAGAAAUCAAACUGCAGGAACCACACAGAGAAAGCCCAGUUUCCCUUAUCAGGUCACUGUGCCAAAAACUCAACACCCAAAUAAAAACGGUCAUGCAGCAGACAGUGAAGGCCCUGAGGUGUCAGACGGUGCUCAUGAAGUUGUGGACUCUGCUCAAACCCAUAAGUCCUGCAACGGUCCAGUUGGUCCCCAGAGCCAGAGAAUACAGUCCCUCAACAUCAGCGCUCUGUCACUAGAGGAGCAGAGGAUUCUGCAGUCACUCGAGAGACUAAAUCAACGUCUGCAAUAUGUGCAAGAUACAGCUGGUGGCAACCCAGCAGUGAGGGGCAUCUUUGCUUUAGGUCCUGCAUUUAACCAGACCGGUGAGACUGUGGGCGUCACCAUGCGUAGGCGAGGAGCCUCUGCUGACAAUCGCACCCGAGCGCAACAGCGUUACUGACUACACCUCCCAUGAUCCACCACUCCCUCAACUGCACUUUGAAAACCUUUAAACCUUACAAAUGCGUGCUUCACAUUGCUGAGACACAAUUAAAUACUGUAUUUGAGUGGUAUUUAAUUGUUUAUCAGUUGUAAUAUGUGUGAAAUGAUUCUGGCAAUACACAUAAUAAUUAGUAUUUGUGUAAUAAAAAAAUUAAAGAAUUUAUUUUAUGCAUUCAUAAUGCCUUCUAAUUAGUUGAUAUUUAUUUUUAUAAAUAUAUUUUCAUAGGAAUUGUAUGUUAUUAAUGUACUGUAUUUUUAUUCUAAACAAUCUUGACUCUUGGAGAAAAAAUAAAUUCAUUUGACAAAAUUA